GAUUGUUUUAGGGUAAAUGCAAAUCGGCAUCUGGCAGCACUGAACUGUAUCACCUCCACAAAACAAAACGGGUCCCCUUUAAAUAUAAAAAUUCGUCGCGAGCGGUUGUGUCGGCAAGAUUACGCGCCCCCGCGAAUGACGCAGAAUCAAAACUUCUGGAUGACAGCCGAAUAACGCAUCAAAACAGAGCGGCUCUCGAAAUUUCCCGUUGUGCAUUGGGGGCAACCGACAGUAGCGUCCGACACCAUUGGCUCAGUCGCAGCAACAGCAAGAAAGCGGAUAGCGGAAAUCGGAAAUUCAAUUUGUCGCUGAAUAGUUUUUCGUAGACGACAGCCAUGUCCGACGCGACCAAGUCCAACAACAAUGCCUCCGCCGCUGGAGAUGGCAACGAGGCCGCCCCCGCUCCCACUCCAGCUGCCGCCACGCGCGCCAACCACAACAACAACCACAGCGGCAAGAGCAGCAACAAGCUCAAGUCCACGCAGAACAGCAGCGGGGGCGGGAGCAUAGACAAGCUGUCCCCGGACCAGGACAUCUACAUCAACGCCGCCGACGGCCUGCCCAGCCAGCACCCGACCCUGCCGCCGGAGGGCGAUGUGGACAGCGACACGGAGCCCGAGGUGGACGCGGACUCGUUCGACGACCUGCCCACUUCCAUCAUCGUCACCAACAUCCACUCGGAGGUGUUCGCCAAUCCGGAACUGAAGAGCGCGAUGGAGGAGCUCUUCCGCACGUUUAGCGACUCGGCCACGUUCCAGUGGCUGCGCAGCUUCCGCCGGAUGCGGGUGAACUACGACAACGCCAUCGCGGCGGCCAAUGCGAGGAUCAAGCUGCACCAGUACGAGUUCAACAAGAGGACGGUGAUCACCUGCUACUUCGCCCAGCCGGUGACACCGGUCAGCAACAAGAACCUGCAGCCGCCGGCACCGGUUAAACAGUUCCUGAUCUCGCCGCCCGCCUCCCCGCCGGCCGGCUGGGAGCCGCGGGAGGAGGGCGAGCCCCUGGUCAACCACGACCUGCUGGCGGCCCUGGCCAGCCUCACGCCCGGCGAGUCGCACGAACUGCACCCGCAGAGCGAGGACCAGCCGGCGAUCAUUGUGCACACGGCCAUGCUGCCGGAGGGCGGUCCGGUAGCGGGUCCCGGAGUCCAGGCCAAGGCCCCGAUUGUCCAGACCAAGUGCCCGGAGCGGGCAUAAUCACCUCGACGCAAGGCUAUUGCUGAAGCUGGGGACCUGAAACUUGAGUUGUUAUUCGAAACGAAGGGGUUGGUGGGGACUCCCUAGCUCCGUGGCAGGAGCGCCACUCGAUUGAGUAUUUUUUGUAAAUAUUUUCCGAUUCAAUUGUGAUUAUUUUACACAUACAUACGUUUGGCUACGUUCUUACGAAUUGUUUGUACGCUAGGCAGUUGAGCUCCCACCCAGACCCCCGACCCCUGACUCCCGACCUGGAACCCGAACCCAAACCCGACCCGCCCCUUCAAGCGUAGCAUUUAACCCAUUUCGGCUUCAUCGACAUAUGAUAAGUUCUUGAGCUAGCAACCGGAUCUAGAUGUGUUUUCUCUCUCGAUUUGAGUGUGUUUUGUGUAAGAAUAUCGAUGUUACCCCCGACGGGACUACCUGCUAACGAUAUCUCUAUCUCUGUGUACCUUCGAUGGGCGGCCGCUGCCAGAGCGCCUCCAGCGAACCGCGAACUCCCAGAUGUACCCCAAACUAUAUCUAUGUAAAUGUUAAUGUAAUUCUAAGCCAGCGACCGGUUUAUAAAUGUAUAUGCCUAAAUGUAGUUAAUCUUUAAAUGAAAAAUAUAUUCAGAUUCGAAAUGAA